AAAUAGCACAGUUUGUCCAUUAAGAGCUACUAUAGAAACAUGACGCCAACUUCCAUGUAAGGGGACCCGUGGUGUUUGAAGAUGAAAACGGCUCAUUCUAAGUGUUGAUGAUGAGAUGGAUGUGAUGUGCUGUAAAUCAGGAACUGAUCAGGGCUUACAGGAUGAGGAAUCUACUGAUCAAACCUCCACAGAGUCUCUGGAUUCUGUCUGUAACGCUGGAGAACAGCAGCAGAUCCUGCAGACCAAACUCAAGAUGUGUUCAGUCAAACUCAUCGACUGCACAAAACUCAUGAUGGAGAUCAAAACUGAACCGACAGAAGAGGAAGAUCACACUGAAGAAAAGGAAGAUAACACUGAUGAUGAUGCAGAUAAAGAUGGGGAUUAUGAUGAUGAUGAUUUUAUUCCUUCAGAUAUGAAGAGUGAAUCAAGUUCUGAAGAAGAAUCCUCUACAUCAAAAGAGCGACUGACAGCACAAACGCUUUCCUGCAGGAGAUGUAAGAUCAGCUUUACUACCUUACAAGAGAAGAAACUUCAUUUAGAAGAGCACAGAGAGAAGAAGAAGUUUCACUGUGAGCAGUGUGGGAAAGUUUGUCUCUCUUCUUCUAGUCUGAAAGUUCACAUGAGGACACACAGUGGGGAAAAGCCUUUCCACUGCACUGAAUGUGACAAAUAUUUCCGCAGAAAACAAACUCUUGAUGUUCAUAAGAGGAUUCACAAAGGAGAAAAACCAUACGAGUGUCCUCAAUGUAAAAAGAGAUUCAGCCACAAACCUUAUAUAAAGAAACAUAUGCUCUUACACACCAAUGAGAGACCGUAUCAGUGCAGUGAAUGUGACAAAUAUUUCAGCAGCAAAGGAAGUCUUGUUGCUCAUAAGAGAAUUCACACAAGAGAAGAAACAUAUGAGUGUCCUCACUGUGAGAUGAGAUUCAGACAAAAAGCCCUUCUGAAGAAACAUGUGCUUAUACACACCAAUGAGAGACCGUAUCAGUGCAAUCAAUGUGAUAAAGCCUUUAGGUUUUCGGCUACUUUAAGGGCACACCAAAGAACUCACUCUGAGAAACAAUAUCAAUGUUCACACUGUGACAAACGUUUCUAUCAUAAAUCUUAUCUGAUAAUCCAUGAGAGAAUUCACACGGGAGAGAAACCUUAUCUCUGCUCUUACUGUGGUAAAAGCUUUGCUGAUCCAAGUACUUUUAAAGAGCAUCAGAGAGUUCACACUGGAGAGAAACCUCAUCAGUGUAAUGUUUGUGGAAAGCGCUUCACACGUCACGGUGCAUUUAAUGUUCAUCAGAAAAUUCACACCGGGGAAAAACCUCAUCGCUGCAUUUUGUGUGGGAAGAAUUUCAGUCGACGUGGCAAUUUAGUGACGCACCUAAGAAUUCAUACAGGUGAAAAACCUUACAGAUGUGCUCAGUGUGGAGAGGGGUUUAAUCAAGCGGUUCUUCUGAGAAUCCAUCAGAGAGUUCAUACAGGAGAGAAACCUUACCGCUGCUCCAUCUGUGGAGAGAGAUUUGCUAAUGUAGGACCUUUCAAGACUCAUCAGAAAAAACAUGCUGAAGAACAAACUGACAAAUAACUUGCAUUGUUACAAACACAAUUCAGAUUUGUAGUAGACUUUGUAUUUUCUGUAUUGUAAUUAUAACAGUUGAUUGAGCUUUACAUUUUUUUUUUCGAUUCCUAAACGACAGUGGGCACAACUGGAGUCACAUGUGCAAAACUCUAACUACAGUCUGCACAGCAGCAGUUCAUGUGGACCAAACUCUAGUUCAUUUUUCAUUGCUUGAACACAGUUUUCAAAACUCUACACACUUAUCCCAUGACUUAAACCACAACCUGCACAACACUGUGGAUUUACAGCACUUUGUUCAAAUGCUGACACACUGCUUUCAAAACUGGGAACCACACAUUCAAAACAGAAAAGAUUUCAGCAUUGUGCCUUUCAAACACUGCUGAUUCCAAUUUCAGCUGAAAGGCUAAGCAGGUGUCUUGUUUAGCCCCUCAAAUAUUUGUUCGAAUUACACUAUGUACUUUUAGUUUCUACCUUUUUUUCCUCAUUACUGUAAUUCAGGUAAUUACUACAGAUUAUUGAAGGAAACUGCUUAUUCUCAUUUACCUUAAAGAAUUAUGUUUUACAAAUGUAAAUAAAUCAUGUGAAAGAAUGGCACUUUUUUCUUUGAAGAAAAUAUUACUGUGUAUGAAGUCAUUAAAUAGUUCAAACUAUAAAGAUGAAAAGUUAGUAUUUUCUGUAUUGGUGUUUGAUGUUAGUGUUUUUCCUCUCAGUGUGUUCUGAGUGACAGUGUGUGUUAUCUCAGUGAGGGUUGUGCUUUGUGUUUGGCUGCACUGAGCUGUUUUGAGUCAUGUGUUAAGAGUUGUGUUGCUUAAAGUGAGUUUUGCAGGUGAAAUCCCUGCAAAAAAAAAAAACAAUAAAACCAUUACAUAAAAUUCUAAUGGUUUCCAUUAGCUUUUACCUAUAAAACCACUACACUGUGGUGUGUUUUGGGCCAUAUUCCAUAAGAACCAAUAAAAUUCCCAAUAAAACCAAUAAAAUUUUCUGUAAUGGUUUUAUUGUUUUUUUCAGCAGGGAUGAACAGUUUACCUCAGGUGACUGUUGGUAGUGCAGACUGUAGUUAGAGUUUUGCACAUGUAGCUCCAGUUGUGCUCACUGUCGUUUAGUGGACUCACUUUGCCUGGAUAAUUCAUUACAGUUUAAUGAUGAACUUGCUGUAGUUUUUUUUUUUUUAGUUUUUGGUUUUGUCACAUAAUCUUACAUAGUUUUACCUUAACAUGAGUAAGACAAUCUUUAAUUUGAUCUUAAACUGUGGAGUGUCUUCUCUCUCCAGUACAGCAGGAGGCGCUCUGCAGCUCUUUAGUCUACAGAUAAACCCAAUAAAGAAACAAAGAGAGAUCAAACAUAAACCGCUGUGUUUACAUCAGUUUUAUUUUAAUGUACUUACAGAUUUUAAUACGUCUAAAUUUAAAUGUUUCAUGUAAAAUACUUUUCGCUGUUUGUGUUUAAAGGUUUAAACAUUCACAAAGGAGAAACGAGUAGAAAUUUGAGUGUUUUUUUUGUUUAUCUGUCAAACCGAUGGAUUGUGGAAAUCAAACUGAAAUUAAAACAGAACCCACUGAAAUAAAAACAGAACUCAUAGAAGAGA